CGAAGGGUGUUACCGCCUGCUCGCAGGCUAUAGGAAGAUACAUAAACAUCCCUUGGGCAAACAUUCUAUUUCCUUCAUCAACUUUUCACCUUCAAUGGAUAAUUAAACUGCCACAAUGGCUAUAAAGUUACCAAAAGCGGUAAUAUUCAAUUUCUUUUGUCUAGCUUCAUUGUUGAUCACCGUAUUUCUGUUUCAAGGGGUUGGUAAGCCGUAUCACCGAGGCUUCUUUUGUGACGAUGAAAGCAUCAGUAAACCUUUCAAGGAUUCGACAGUGCCUUCCUCAAUCGCUGGUGUUGUAGGCGUAUUGAUUCCUGUAUUCGCUAUCGCACUUAUUGAAUGGCCAAAAUUUCGCGAAGUGAGAAAAGACGAAUCGAAACCCUUCUAUAAAUCACAUUGGUAAGAUAUAUUUUAUAAUACCGCAAUAGGCUGCCAGGAUGGGAAUUUCCGUAUUUAUAUUUCGUAAUAUUUGUAAACAAUAAAUAUAUAUUUCGUAUAAAUCAUUAAAUAUUUUUCACUCUGCUGUGUAUGGAUAUGUAUAUAUUUAAUAGGAAGAACUCAUUUUAUAUAGUACAUAGAUCAAUAAAACUAAAAGAAUCAAUUUUAAUAUUUUUGUUGCUAUGUACUGAUUAAAAGUCUGUAACAUCAAUAAUUAACAUUGUCUGUAUAAGAGCGGAAAUGAAAAUAUUGCCUAAUUACUAGUAAUUAAUACCCCCUACAGCACACUAUUUUGUAGGAAAUUUGCCCCUGCUUGGGAAAAAUGUGCUGUACAGUGGACUGUGAUUUAGUGAGUAAUGGUAAAAAUGGCCUUGAAAUCAUUUGUCAUAUACUCAUAAUUUUAGAAAGCUUCAGAUUGAUAGCGAUUCACCAACCUGAAAAAUACAAGGAGAACUUCGCAACGAAGGGCCUUCGCUUGAGACGUUGAAGUUCUGCUAGUAUUGUACACUAUUGUUCAGGUAAUUGUAUCUCUAUCAAUCCAAAGCCCCCUGUGGAAAUCAGCUUCGGUUGACAGGGUUAGCGUGGGUAAAUAAAGUUUUUCUAUCUAUCUAUCUAUCUAUCUAAGCUUUCUUUUUUCAAGAUUUACCCAUAAUUUAGUGUGUUUUGGAUAAACAAGUAUCGAGUCACAUGCAACAGCUAACAUACACACCAGCCCAGGGUGCGAUAAUUCGCAUAUUGGAGGCAUGUAAAUAUAAUGAGCCCCCAGUUCAGGGGUACUGGAGCAAAUUUAGAAACCAUACUGUACAUGAUCAAACUCAUUUAUGGUCGAACAUAUCAUCAACUCAUUCCCAGAUUACAAGAGCCUCACAUGCUCUGACUGCAUACAGGGUAUCAGCACUACUCAAAUACACAUGAUUGCAUCAUAGAUUUCAUUAUUCAUUCAACUGCAUAAACUAUAAAAGAGGCUAGAAUUUUACAAUAAAGUUAUGAUAAAAAUAAUAAUUUGUCAUGUAUGAUUUGUAUUCUGGGGGUAUGAAAAUUACUGCUGAUGCCACAAUUUCUCUGCAUUAGUAGUAGUUUAUGGCAAAAUUUGGAAUGCAAUUAUUUUAUUUUAUGUGCCUUAUUCGAUUAGUAUGUGCACCAGAAUACAAAUUGUACACAAGAAAUCGCAGCAUGUAAACAUACAGUUAAACAAUCAUUUAACCGAUGUCAGGAGACUGCAUGCAGUCUACGUUCUGAUUUAAUCUGACAUGUGACAAAAUCAUUCAACUUGAGGUGCUUGCAAUCUCAAGAGGUAAUUGAUGUGUCGACCAUAAAUGAUGAGUUUCACCAUCAACGGUUUCAACAUUUGUGGGCUGGAAGCAUGCAGUCAUUUGAAAAAUCACUUACUGUAUUGUAGUUUCAAGCGUUACUUUUUGUGGGCAGCAUUGUUCAUUAAUAUUUUCCUGGAUGCUUGAUUACCUCACAGUCUCAAUUAUUUUUACCACUUGUGAUUAGGGCAAGUUAGACAUGACAAUUGGUUGCCCGGAUUAAAAUUCACCUGCCAUCAGGUCUAGUUUUCCCCUCACAUAUUAGAAAAAUUUGAAGCAAAUGACGUCGACCAAUCAGAAUCGUGGAUUCUGCAAGCUUUGCAGAAUCCUGGAUUUUGAUUGGUCGACAUGCGGUCCGUAAAAUGCGUAUCCGGACCGUGGUCCGUAUUUUCCCGUAUCCGGACCGGUUUCCCGUAUGUCAAUUUGACAGGCUCGAAUUUGAAACGUUUUUGCACGUUUAUAAGGUCGUUAUGUGAAGAAAAAUAUCCUUGGAUCAUUUUUAAGAAUAAGAAGUCUUGGAAAUAUUAAUAGGGCUAAGUACUUGUACCAAACACAAAUUUCAUCGAAAAAGCUAAGAAAACAAGCUGUUUGAACUCUUACUGUCCUUACUGGCAACCUUAAGUUUUGGCGGGAACAUUUUUUGAUUUGUUUCAAUACUUGUUUCAAAAAAUAAAUAAAGAUGAAUUUAACGUCUUUAAUACCAUAUUCUAAACAAAUAUCAUAUAAACUGGGUUUAUAAGCAUUUUUUCUGGGGGUGGGGGUUACCGAAAAAGUAAAGUAGUUCUAUUAAAGCGAUUGUUAAACAUGCUUUUCCGUAAAUAAUAUUCGGUGACGAAACCAAAUCUAAAUGUAGAAAACUAGCAAAUAAAACAUAGCUCAAAUAUAUAUUAUAUGAAAACAAAUAUAUGAAAAUCAGAAAAUGUGUUUCAGGAGCCAUAUAAUAAACGGUUUAUUAACCUCGUUCUGCUCGGUCUGUACGGGAAAGUAUUUGCCUUCAGUUUAUCCGCACAGACCUCGCUCCUUCGUAGCUCGGUCUGUACGAAAACCUCAGGCAAAUACUUUCCCGUACAGACCUCGCUCUCGGUUAAUAACCCUUUAUUAUUAGCAUGACAAAAUUACUGUAUGCUGAUUGGUUGAGAGGAGUACAUUUAUUUCAUUAAUUGACCUUUCCCCUUAUAACCAAAAUUUUGAUCUAGGCAAGUCUAGACAAAUAUUUCAUCACAGCUUGAAAGAGCAUCACAAAAUUAGUAAUAUUCCAAAGUUUCGUUGCGAAAUGUUGUAAAAUGAGGAAAAUAGAGCCUUGCGAAGUUUGCAAUUUUCAGUCAUUUUGCAUUACAAACGGGAAAUUGCAGCCCCAACACCCGAAUCGUAUGUCAAUUUCCCAUUUGUAAUACAAAAUGACUGAAAAACGGCAAACUUCGCAAGGCUAUAUUAUCCGCAUUUUACAAGAUUUUGCAACAAAACUUUGGAAUAUUACUAAUUUUGUGAUGCUCUUUCAAGCUGUGAUGAAAUUUUUGUCCAAAUCGAAAUUUUAGUUAUAAGGGGAAAGGUCCAUUGUACUGUAGUACACCUGGUUCCGCGCAGUGCUCUUGGUACAUUUGGCCGGAUGCUUACCUGAAUUAUUUCUGUGUUCAUGUGUGUGUUGUAAUAGUCGACUGUUAAGGUGUUUGCCAGGGUGUCCACAGGCUUUGAAAAUCCUGGAAAGUCCUUGAAUUGGAGGAAAAAAUUCCGGGACUGGAAAGUCCUUGAAAAUCAGUAGAAGUCCUUGAAAAUCCUGGAAUAUUAAUCCUUAACCUCCAGCUAUACCCACAGUGAUUUUGAUUAAAAUUACUGUUUGUACUUGUUCAUCUUUAUUGUGUAAAUAUGUAUAUUGUAUGUGGGUGUUUAAUGCUUUGUAAGGGAUUCCAAUGUCCUAUUGCAUUUCACACCUGUCUUUUGACAAAUCUUUAAAUAAUAUUAUAUAAUAAUAUUGAAUAAAGUGAAUUAUUUACGGCAAAUCCGUGCCAUUUUCAGAUUUUUCCCUUGACUUUACUGAAGGUAUUAAAAAAGGUCCUUGAAUUUACUGACAAGAGGUUCUAGGGCCUUGAAAGUCCUGGAAAAAUACUUGAAUUUUACCUUCACCAAAGGGUGGACACCCUGGUUUGCUGAGGUCUAUUAAUGUUUAUGUUUUUCAUGUUUAUAUUUCCUAACUACGCCGCUCAAUACUAUUUUAGGUCAAAAUCGGGAAAAAUGUCCACCUUAUAUCUAUUCAGGUGGGAUGAAGCAAUCCCAUGGAAAGUUUUAUUCUACUUGACAGAGAUAUCCUGCAUAGUAGGGGAUAAGAUCCCAUCUAAACACGUAAUGAUCUCACAGCUUGUCAAAAAGAUUUGUUCCCACUGCUUUUUCCCAGUUUUUACCAAGUCUGCAACAAGUUGUUAUCAUCUUGUAACAAGGUUGAUGAGGCUGAAAGACUCGCAACAAGUUGUUGCAGCAAGUCUGAUAUCACCUGCAUGUAACAAGUUGCUAACAAGCUGACGACAACAAGCUCGUACGCAUACAUGUAGCAACUUGUUACGAACAGCUUGUAUUAGUCUUGUUGGAACAACUUGUAGCAAGUCUGUUACCGUCAUCAACCUUGUAACAAGACGAUAAUGACAUGUUCCAUACUUGUCACAACAACUGCGAACAAGCAACGUGGACACGUCCUGAUAUCGGCCUGACAACAAUCUUGUUCCAACUUGUUUGCAGAUCUGUAAAAACUUGCGCGUUUUUACGUGUGUAUAGGCAAGACCUCUGGGUAAGCGGGUCCAUUGUGAGUAGGCUCGUAUUUGAUAUAAUUGAACUGUUUUGUAGGUUUCGCUGGCUAUGUGCUGUGUACACGUGUUUUCUGGUUGGUGCCGCAGCAACUGUUGUCCUUACUGAUGUUGGAAAAUACUCGAUUGGAAGACUGCGGCCACAUUUCCUUGCAGUUUGUAAACCUGAUUUCUCCAAACUCAACUGUACAACGGGAUUUCAAAAGAACUUUAUAACAGAUUAUGAAUGCACUGGAGAUGAAGAUCUUAUAAAGGAAGCAAGACUUUCCUUCCCAUCAGGACAUGCGUCUUUUGCAGGUAUUAUAUACUAA